AGGAUUUUGUCACCAGUAUUUCCUGAUCAUCUUGUAUUGUGAAAAAUGUCAUCCUCUUUCGUGUGUAAGCUAGAUACAGAUGUAGCAAACAAAGCUCCAGCUUCAAAGUUCCAUGAAAUCUUCAAGCACAAACCUCACCAUAUUUCCAAUCUCUCCUCUGACUUCGUUCAAGGUUGUGAACUCCAUGAAGGUGAAUGGGGAACUGUGGGUUCUGUGAUCUACUGGAAAUAUUUCCAUGAUGGGAAAGCUAGAGUUGCCAAGGCCUUGGUGGAAGCCAUAGAUGAUGAGAACAAUUCCAUCACAUUCAAAUUGCUAGAAGGAGACCUUUCGGAGCACUACAAGAGCUUCAAAGCCACUUUGAAAUGUAUCCCAAAAGGUGAAGGAAGUGUAAUUCACUGGACUGCAGAAUAUGAAAAGCAUCAUGAUGAAAUUACAGAUCGCCAUACCUUUAUUCAGUUCCUCUACGAUCUCUCCAAAGAUCUUGAGAAGUACCUUGCGGAGGCAUAAGAAACAAACAUAUAUAUAUUUACAAGGUUCAUGAACCUUGAAUUUAUAUGGUUAUGGUUUGUAUUAAUAAUUUUCUAAGUGUAAAUUUCUACUUGAUAUUUUCUAUGUGUAAUAAAAGGGUUACAUAGUGAUGUGAUCGUUUC